GACAGUAUGGGUAAUUCUAUGCCUGCAGGCCGUGACAUUAGAAUUGUGAUGAUUGGAAAAACUGGAGCGGGUAAAAGUGCUAGUGGAAACACCAUUCUGGGCCAAAAAAUGUUUACAACUAUUGAAAAGGCUGACUCGGUGACUGAGAGUUGUGUUAAAGAAAGAGUUCAUGAUAACAGAUGGAUAUAUGUGGUGGACACACCAGGACUGUUAGACACAGGGAAGACUCCAAAACUUAUCGAAAGAGAGAUCGUGAGGUGUCUUCAAGAGUCAGCCCCUGGUCCUCACGCCUUCCUGCUGGUGGUAGAGAUUGGUCGAUUCACAGAUGGUGAAAGAAAGAUAUUAUAUAAUUUAGAAAAGAGUUUUGGCAGAGACAUCCUAAAGAAAGUUAUUGUUCUCUUUACUCAUGGAGAGGACCUAAAAAGUAAGAGUAUAGAACAAUUCCUUGAAAAGGCAGACUGUGGUCUUCAAGAGCUAGUUGGAGGAUGUGGUAACAGGUAUCAUGUGUUCAGUAACUCUAUCAAAGACCAUCAACAGAAAUGA